AUGCUGGAUGGCUGGUGGGGUCGCAGGCUCCGGUGCUUCGAUGCCGUGCAGGGCGACGAGGGCAGCCGGGAGGCGCUCACCGACGCCCUGCUCGUCCUCAUUCUGUCCCGGGCGCCACAGAUCACGGCCGUCAUGAUGCACCACUGCCAUCACAUCAGCGAUGCUUCCCUGGGGGCCCUGGCACUCAUGGCCCCGCCCCUGCACGUCCUGGACCUGGGCUGGAGCGCCCGGGUGACGGCCUGGGGCCUGAAGCAGGUGAUCGACCGCUGCGGCGGCACGCUGACCACGCUGUGCGUCAGCAGCACCAGCAACACCCUGUCCCUCCUGAAUGUGGAUGACGGUGUUGCCCACCAGCUGUGCAUGCUCUGCCCCCUCCUGACCACCCUACAAAUGAACGACACGAGCAUCGGCAACCUGGGACUCGCUGCCAUCUCCAUCAAGAUGCCACACCUGCAGUGCCUGGGCCUGGACGGCAGCCACGCCUGGGACGAACAGGGCAUGGCCUGCCUGGCCGUUGGGUGCCAGGGCCUGAUCAGCUUCUCGGCAGCCGCCAGCAGGCUCGCUGACAUGGACCUCUGCCGCCUCCUGGCCUCCUGCCGCGCAGUGGAGGCAGUGCGGGUGUCCAACUGCUCGGCCAUCACGCUCAAGGGCAUUCAGGAGUGCGCCGCUGUGGCUAGUGACAGCCUGCUCCUCCUGGAGUUCCAGGGCGUCGGCGGGGCGGCCAGCCCCACCGCGCGUGCCGCCUUCUCCUCCUGGGCCCGGUCGUCCCGCUGGGAGCUGAGCCCCAAGGGAGACGCCCUCGCCAGCCCUGGAGCGUCGCCCAGCUGGGUCUACUUUGGCGACCUGGGCCGCAAGAGUCGGGUGCUGGACGAGGCCUGCUCCCGCCACUCCAGCGACGUCUGCUCCUCCGUCGGCUCUCCGCCCCCCUCGCUCGCGCCAGCUGCGACGGGAGAUUGA